AUGCAGAUAUUCUCAGCACAUGUAAGAAAUCUAUGGAAUGAAUGGGAGAUCCGUGUGCUGGUUUUACUGAGCCUAACAUUCCAAGUCAUCCUCAUCAUAUUCGGUUCUAAGAGGAAACAUGCCAGAAGCAGCUUCAUCAGCAUAAUUGUCUGGUUAAUAUACCUCUCAGCAGAUUGGAUCGCCACAGUUUCCCUUGGAACUCUUGCCAACAACCUUGGGGACGAGAAUGGAGGAAAAGAAGAGGACAGGAACAAAAUGCUGCAGUCUCUGUGGGCACCCUUUUUGCUCUUGCAUCUCGGUGGCCCUGACACAAUAACUGCUUAUGCCUUAGAAGACAACACCUUAUGGCUAAGGCACUUGCUUGGCCUCCUUGUCCAAGCUUCGGUAGCAUUUUACAUCUUCCUAUUAUCUUGGACCACUGGCGCUUUAUCUAUCAUUACCGUGCCGGUGUUUGUCUCUGGGAUUGAAAAGUAUGCUGAGCGCACUUGGGUUCUGAGAUCAACUAGCUCUGACCAAUUUGAAGAUUCUCUAAUCUUAGCUCCAACUCCGCAGCCCCUGGAUUUGAAGCAUGUUCCACAUGAUUCUGAGCUUCAAUUCCUUCAUCAAGGGUAUUCCUUGUUUCCGAUGCUCAAGCGUCUCUAUGCAAGUCUAAGUCUUCGGUUCGCAGAAGGACAACGAAACUACUCCUUGAUGGUAAAGAAGAACGAAAAGGAUGAAAUUAUCGAUGUCCUACAACAGAGUUAUCGUGCUUUUAAGUUGGUUGAGGUCCAACUAUCAUUUCUUUAUGAUGUUUUGUAUACCAAGGCUCCUGUAAUUUAUUCUCUACCUGGCCUCGUCUUUCGAUCCAUCAGCAUCUUCUCUAUUGUGUCUGCUUUGGUAGCAUUUGUUGUCUUUGUUGACACUAAUCACUUGUCAAAGGUUGAUGUUUGCAUAACAUAUGCCUUAUUUGUUGGUGCCGUUUCACUUGAGCUUUAUGCAUUUAUUUCGCUCAUUCUUUCGGACUGGACUAUGCGAUGGCUAACCAAGAAGAAAAGCUCACUGCAGAGCUUCAUAAUAUGUUGGGCUUCGCAUCAAGGUCGAAAGAGGUGGUCAGGUUGCAUGUCUCAACACAACUUACUGAGCUUUUGCAUGAAGAAGAGGGUAGCAAACUUUAUUGGAAUUGACUUGAUUUUCAGAAUCUACCUUGGGAUUGAAUUGUACUGGCAAAGGCAAUGGAAGCAAGUAGAUAACAAUUUGAAGAAGCUAAUCUUUCAAGAAAUCGAAGAAAGACACAAGGAAUACGAUGAGAGUAGAUUCGACUAUAACCAUCUCAAGGAAUUGCUCUCAUAUAGGGGUAAUCAUGCUCUCACCAAAAGUAAUUGUUUUGAUCAGAUUGGUUGGAGUGUAGAGGUUGAAUUUGGUCACAGCCUCCUCAUUUGGCACAUAGCAACUGAUAUAUGCUAUGAUGCUGCUUCAGAAGAUGAUAAGAACAACAACUACAAUUGCAAAGCGAGCAAGAGUUUAUCGGAUUACAUGCUGUAUGUUCUACUAAUGCGUCCAUUCUUGCUGCCUAAAUGGAUAGACAGGAUCACCCAUGUUCGAGAUUCAUUUAGGGAAGCCAUAAGGAUAUUGCAGCGAAAGCAGUUUCCGGUAAAAAAUUAUGCAGAUGCUUCCAGAAUGCUGAUCCAAAUGUAUAGACAGAGUUAUCAGCCGCUCAAAAAUCAAAGAGGAGACAAGAGUGGCAAGUCUGUGCUGAUUGAGGGCUGCCGUCUUGCUUUGCAGUUACAGGAUCUUGGAUGUUCAUGGGAAAUGAUUUGUAAAGUGUGGAUAGAGAUGUUGACUUAUGCUGCAAGUAACUGCGAAUGGGGUUCACACGCGCAGCAGCUUCGAAGGGGAGGAGAAUUGCUCACACAUGUUUGUCUUCUCAUGGCGGAUCUUGGCUUAAACCAACAAUUUGAUAUUGGAAGGAAGGGGCUUCAUAAAGAAAGCCAAACUGAUGGAUGGGGAUGGGUCAAAUGUAAAAUUAUUGAUCCUUAUGGAUACUAG